AUGCUUGAUAUUGCAGACCUGAUCGCCGACCGCGGCGGUGAUCCCAAGAAGGUCAAGGAGAGUCAGCGCCGGAGAUUUGCGUCGGAGGAGCUUGUCGAUGAGGUGAUUAGUUUAUAUGAAGACGCCCGUCGAACACGCUAUGAAGCUUCGCAAAUCGGCUCGAAGAUCAAUGCGCUCCAGAAAGAGAUUGGCAUGAAGAAGAAGAAUAAGGAAGACGCUUCUGAGCUUUUGGCGCAAAAAGCGAAGUUGGAGCAGGACAAGAAGGCUCAGGAAGAUUUGGCGGUUGAGAAGGAAAAGCUGAGAGAUCGCAAGUUGAAGACGAUUGGCAACUAUGUUCACGAUUCGGUUCCUAUUAGCAACAAUGAGGAUGAUAAUGCGAUCAUCAAGACAUGGGCGCCAGAAGGCGCCAAGGUCGAAAAGAGAGACUGCUUGUCACAUCAUGAAGUCCUCACACGACUAGACGGCUACGAUCCGGAGAGAGGGGUCAAGAUUGUUGGUCAUCGUGGAUUCUGCCUAACGGGUUAUGGUCUUUUCUUAAACCUCGCCCUCGUCAACUACGGUCUUGAAUUUCUGUUCAACAAGGGAUACAAGCCAAAUCAGCCGCCAUUCUUCAUGCUUCGGGAUUACAUGGCCAAAACGGCGCAGCUGGAGCAAUUUGACGAGGAAUUGUAUAAAGUUACGGAAAGUGAGGAUAAGAGCACGGACAAGUACUUGAUCGCGACUUCGGAACAGCCCUUGUCCGCAUUACACGAUGGAGAGUGGCUACAGGAUAAGGAACUUCCUAUUAAAUACGCCGGAUACAGCACAUGUUUCAGGAAAGAGGCUGGGUCCCAUGGAAAGGAUGCUUGGGGCAUUUUCCGUGUGCAUCAAUUCGAAAAGGCAAAGCAGUUUAUCUUGACAAAGCCCGAAGAAUCCUGGAAAACAUUCGACGACAUGAUUACCACUUCAGAGGAGUUUUACCAGUCUCUUGGUCUUCCGUACCAGAUCGUCUCAAUUGUUUCAGGGGCCCUGAACAAUGCGGCCUCCAAAAAGUGGGACUUGGAAGCUUGGUUCCCAUUCCAGGGUGAAUACAAGGAAUUAGUUUCUUGCUCGAACUGCACCGACUACCAAUCUAGAGAAUUGGAUAUCCGCUUUGGUCCCAAGAAGACUACGGAUACUAAGAAGGCUUACGUUCAUGCCCUCAAUGCCACACUGUGCGCCACGGAGAGAGCUCUUUGCUGCAUCCUGGAGAACUACCAACAAGAAGAUGGCAUCAUCGUCCCUGAGGUCCUCAGGAAAUAUAUCCCUGGCCAACCUGAAUUCCUGCCAUACACGAAGGAACUUCCUAAAGAUACCACCUCUCAAAAGACUAAAGCCAAGCCCAAGGCAAAAGCUGAUAAGAGCGACGUGACAAAAACUAUGGAAAAUCUCAAAAUAGAGUAA